CAGCAGGAGGCACAGGAAAACUGCAAGCCGCUCUGUUCCUGGGCCUCGGAAGUGAUGCCUAUGGAGUCCCCUCAAACCCUGGUCCUCUGUCUGCUGGUCCUGGCAGUCACUGAAGCCUGGGGCCAGGAGGCAGUCAUCCCAGGCUGCCACUUGCACCCCUUCAAUGUGACAGUGCGAAGUGACCGCCAAGGCACCUGCCAGGGCUCCCACGUGGCACAGGCCUGUGUGGGCCACUGUGAGUCCAGUGCCUUCCCUUCUCGGUACUCUGUGCUGGUGGCCAGUGGUUACCGACACAACGUCACCUCCAUCUCUCAGUGCUGCACCAUCAGUGGCCUGAAGAAGGUCAAAGUACAGCUGCAGUGUGUGGGGAGCCGGAGGGAGGAGCUCGAGAUCUUCACGGCCAGGGCCUGCCAGUGUGACAUGUGUCGCCUCUCUCGCUACUAGCCCAUCCUCUCCCCUCCUUUCUCCCCUGGGUCACAGGGCUUGACAUUCUGGUGGGGGAAACCUGUGUUUGAGAUUCAAAAACUGGAAGGAGCUCCAGUCCUGCUGGUUACUUGCUAUGGAAUUUUUUUUUAAUAAGGGGAGGGUUGUUCCAGCUUUGACCCUUUGUAAGAUUUUGUGACUGUCACCUGAGAAGAGGGGAGUUUCUGCUUCUUCCCUGCCUCUGCCUGGCCCUUCUAAACCAAUCUUUCAUCAUUUUACUUCCCUCUUUGCCCUUACCCCUAAAUAAAGCAAGCAGUUCUUGAA